AGCCUUUGUAGUUUUUUUGUGUGGAGAUGAGGGAGACUGAGAUGUGCUUCUUGCUUAUCACGAUUCACAUCGAGCUUUUUUUUAUCAGCUGAGGGGGGGUAGUUGAAGAGGGAAGCCAGGGAUCAGCUGCCACAACUGCUUGUUUUUUUUAAAUUAUUUUAUUAUUUAAAAAAAAAAAAAGAAGCUUUUAUUCCAUUUAUUUCCUUUUUAUUGUUAUACACACACACACACACACACACACACACACACACACACACACACACACAUAUAUAUUUCAUUUUGGGACACUAUGAAAGCCAAUGCAUUCCGGGUGCAUUCCUGCUGCUGACUGGGACUAUGAUUUAUCAGCUUUGUUCUCAUGACAGACUUGCACUCAUUCAGUCUCAUCACAACAGGAGAGAGCGGUGAUUUGUCUUUAACUUUCUUGCAUCUUCGACGAUUCCAGCUGCAGCAGGUACUUUCUGCACUUGAGCGGCUGCCCUGCUGUGUGUAGGUGUUGAAGCAGCCAUGUGGAGCAGAGAGAGCGCUUCUCUACUUCUCAUCUGCCUGCUGGCGCUCACAGCUCUCUGGAAAACCAGGUCAGUGAAUGCCGAUGCCACGUCUGAUGCCUUUAAAACCAACAUCACCCUGUUCACACGGAUCCUGGACAGCCUGCUGGAUGGAUAUGACAACCGUCUACGGCCUGGUCUUGGGGACAGGAUAACUGAGGUGAAGACAAACAUCUACGUCACCAGCUUUGGACCAGUUUCAGACACAGACAUGGAAUACACCAUAGACGUUUUCUUCAGGCAAAGCUGGAAGGAUGAGAGGUUGAAAUUUCAUGGACCAAUGAAUAUUUUGCCCCUCAACAACCUGAUGGCAAGUAAAAUCUGGACUCCGGACACCUUCUUCCACAAUGGGAAAAAGUCUGUGGCUCAUAACAUGACCAUGCCUAAUAAACUGCUGAGGAUCAAAGAUGAUGGGACGCUGCUGUACACAAUGAGGUUAACUGUGCAUGCAGAGUGCCCAAUGCAUCUGGAGGAUUUCCCCAUGGACUUUCAUUCCUGUCCACUAAAAUUUGGCAGCUAUGCCUACACAAUCUCAGAAGUGACUUAUGCUUGGACUCGAAAUGCCUCCGACUCUGUGGUGGUGGAAGGCGAAAGCUCCCGCCUGAACCAGUAUGACCUGCUUGGACAAACGGUCGGACAAGAAACCAUCAAAUCGAGUACAGGUGAAUACACGGUGAUGACGGCUCAUUUCCAUCUGAAGAGGAAGAUUGGCUACUUUGUCAUCCAGACGUACCUCCCGUGCAUCAUGACAGUCAUUCUUUCCCAAGUGUCUUUCUGGUUGAAUAGAGAAUCAGUGCCAGCUAGGACUGUGUUUGGUGUAACCACUGUUCUCACUAUGACAACACUGAGUAUAAGUGCGAGGAACUCCCUUCCCAAGGUUGCCUACGCCACCGCCAUGGACUGGUUCAUCGCCGUCUGCUACGCCUUCGUCUUCUCAGCUUUGAUUGAGUUUGCCACUGUCAAUUACUUCACAAAGCGCGGCUGGGCUUGGGAUGGAAAGAGUGUUGUGACUGACAAGAAAAAAGAGAGGGCGUCUGUCGUCAAGAAGAAUAACGCCUACGCUGUAGCAGUGGCCAACUACGCGCCGAAUAUCACCAAGGACUCCAGCACACUUCCAACUAUUGCCAAAGGUGGAGCUUCGGAUCCCAACAAGCCCAGGGCAGACGGCAAAGCCCAAGACAGCAAGAAGACGUUCAACAGCGUCAGCAAAAUUGACAGGAUGUCAAGGAUUUUGUUUCCGGUUCUCUUUGGCUCAUUCAACCUUGUCUACUGGGCCACCUACUUAAACAGAGAACCCAUUAUAAAGGAUAUGGUCCCCUCUAAUUAGAGGCCACUUUUAAUGGGUUCUGGUCUGGGGACUAAGAGACGAACCAAAUACCUCCAGCAACUGUGUACACAUACCUUUGCAGAGUGAAGUCCUGGAUUGCAGUGUGAUCCUCUAUCUCCGCCUGUUUUCUACACCGUCUGCAGCACUUUUGAAAAGCCUGGCUUUUGUAAAUGUGUAUGUAUAUUUAUAUUCAUGGUUUCAUGGUGACAUAUUGUGUGAUUACUUCGAUUAGAGUGCAUUUUUCCUUGAAAGUAUGUUUCCAGUUACAGUAUGUGGCCACUGUACAUACGAAUCAAAUGAAGAGUAGACACAUAACACAUACAUUUUUAUUUAAGAUUACUUCUAAAUGUGUUGGAUUUUGCUGGUAAUGCCCACUCUCUUGAUAUUACAGUAUAUAUUUUUCUUUUGAGUGAAAGGGACUGAUUAUAUCAUAUUUCUUACUUUCUUUGCCAUCUACUGUAAGAGUGGCCUGACUCUUUUAUAUUUUUCUGUCCAAGCCAAUGCAAAAACAGACUUGUAUAAUAUUGUUACAGUGUAAAAGUUGUUUUAUUAUCUGUGACUGCAGGUAUGGGGCUGCAAUCAAACGCUGACCUCCAGAAUUACUGAAACACAGAAAAAAAAAGGUUGCAAAAACAAAAGUACAGAGGGAAGAUACAAAAUGAGUGUGCUUGUGUAUGUUAUACUGUGUAGCAAUGGCAUAUUACUGGAAAAUAUCUAUUUGGGAAAACUAAUGAGAACACACGACUUUGAGGAGGAAAGAAACAAAGCACACAUUGUGCCGUGAAUGAUUUAUACAUUUACAUGAAUUCACAAUUGUUUUUAUUCAGUACAUAUGGAAAAGCUUAUAUUUAGUGCCAUUACUGAAUUAGACAAUGCUUUGAACGAUAUGUUUAUACACGUUUGUCAGCACUGGCAGAGUUAAAAAAAAAAACUACUUGAAAAUGACUUUUAAACAAAAAUAAGAUAUAAUCAUACUAUCAGAAGCAUCUGACUUAAUGAUAGAAUGAAAGUCUAUGAAUCUGUUACGUAUGAUUUGAUAGGCAACAGAAACAUCAUUAACUGGAAUAACGUCUAAUUUAACAUGCUUUGAUAUGAUGGAUAAAUUAUAAACCUAUAGAAGGCAGAAGAUGACGACACAAAGCCCUGACCAAGUAUUGUCAUCUAAAGUUUUUGGCUAAUGUAUUAGCAAACAAAAAGCCUAUUUGUGCACCAAACAGACACAGACAAACCUUAUCAUCCCAUUGCUGUGUCGUGCUUUUACCACCUUAUAUAUUUAAGUGCAGUAUUCACUCCCCCUUUACCUCUGUUUUGGUCUCCACCAGUUCCUCAGGAAGCUGGGACUUUUAGACUUUCUUCACCAGCUGCUAGAGUCGGUUUGUUGAGGCUUUUUUCACUGAAAACAUCUGGAAAGCAAACAGUAAAUGUGUUGCUUUAAAGGGUGUAACAUUAAAGAGGAUCUAUAAAAUAUAAUAUUUAUACAUAUGUUUUUAUUAGUCGCCUGAAAAUAAGAAUCAUUGUGUUUUCAUCACUUUAAAAUGUUCGCCAUGUUUCUACACUGGCUCUAGAUAUGGAAAUUUUUUUUGCUGCCAGCCUUAGUUUCUCCUUCAUGCUUGGAAUGGAAGAGUGAAGCGAAGGGGUUGCAAUCAGUAACUACACCGCUGGACGCCACUAAAUCCUACACACUGGACCUUUACAACCAAAACAACAAGCUACAAGAGGCUGAAAAGCAACUGUAGAUACUGUACGUAAUAAUUGGAGACCCCUUUCACCAUAGCAGACACAUAUCGAUCAGUGAUUAAAAUAAUGAUUAAUGCAGUAUCAAUAAUAAAAGUACAGUAAGUAAGUAAUUUAUGAGAUGAGAAAUAUGUUGCUUCACAAGCACACUAAUACGGUUUAUUCACAAUUUAUUUUUUAAAUGACUUAUUUUAUUUACUUAUUCUAGGUUAAAAAGCAUAUAAUUGAAUAUGCUAAUUACUAACUGUUUGGUUUGAAUGCAGAUAUAAACGUGGAUAUUUAUACAGCUUUUUAAUCGGUGGCAGUAACUCUGGAGGACAGCGUGGAUUUGUUGGUGAAGACUAGAACACUGUGGCAGCACUACAGUAAUCAACAUGUCUGCCAUUACAAUUAUUCACAUCCAGUGUCUGGUUAUUUACAACACAUUCAUGAUCCCACAAGCUAUUUUGAAACAAUUACAGAUAUGAGAGGGACAGGACUGCAAACACAGGACCGCUUUUGUGCCAAUAUGAACUUCAGUGAAUCAUGUGUGGAUGAUUGUCACGUUCCUCUGCCAGCAAAUAUUUUGUGUAAUGUGCUGAAAGUGAGAGGAUGCAGCCAGGAUUCGGGACACCAAAUUAAUGUUUGUGAUCAUGAAAUUGUUGAAAAAGAUUUGUAGUUUUUCAUCUCAUAUUCUUAUGCAGGUUGAUUGUUGUACACACUUUGGACUAACUCAGAAGCCAUAUACAGUCAUCAUAUAAUCAUAAUAAAUAACAGGGACAACCAGUGAUUGUACUUUAUGAGCAUACUGUAUGAGGCAAAGUAUUGUAUAAACCUAUUUUGACACAAUCUCUGCCAUAGGAUGCUGCGUAACGACAUGACAAAUUAUGUUCAGCCCCAUAUCAGUAGCCAUAUAUGAAACUCUAUCUCUUUUUUUUAUAUAAAGUGAUAUCAGUUUUGCUUCACAUCAAUGUUUCAACUUAAUUUAACUUAAUUUGAUUGUUGAAUCAAACUUUGCAUGAAGAUUCAAUCUAGAAUCUUUAUUUUAUUUUAUUUUUAUUUUAUUUUCAUUUUUUUUUUACACAUUAUGUUGUCAGACAUAUUUCUUUUUAAUUCAAUAUUUUCUCCAACAUCCUGAUAGAGUCUUAAACAUUCCAGAUAAAAUGAUUGUUCACGAGGUGGAUGCUUGAUUCAGUGCACAGUUUCUAAUAAAAACACAUAUCAUUUGAA